AUGGAUCAAAGAGAUGAAAAUGAGGGAUUUUGUUUGGACUGUUUGUCAGAUUGCUCGGUUAUUUCUUCAGAGACUGAUAGCAGUGAUAGUAAUGAAGACAGUGACAGUAAUGAAGACAGUGAUAUAAUCCCAAAUCAGUUCUGUCAAGCAAUACUAACAUCACAAGAUGAUGAUUCAGAGAACGAUGAUACUAAUGAUGCAAAAGAUGAAAGUGAAAAAUGGUCAAUGCACGACAAAAAAAUUAUCGUAGAGCCUUUCAAGAGUAUCUGUGGCAUGAAAAUAAUGCCAAAAUCUACAGAAAACAUAAAAGACAUUGUAGAUUUAUUUAUCGGGGAUGAUUUCUUUGAACAUAUGUUGAAGGAAUCAAAUAGAUACCAUUAUGAAAUAGUAACUAAAUACAAAAAGGCAUCAAAGACGAAGAUAUGGAAGGACAUUACACUUCCAGAGAUAAAGAAAUUUGUAGGUCUAAUCGUUUUGAUGGGACAAGUAAAAAAGGAUACCAUUUAUGAUUAUUGGUCUACUGAUAGCAGUAUUGAGACUCCAUUUUUUUCUAAAAUAAUGAGUAGAAAUAGAUUUCAGCAGAUAAUGCAAAGCUGGCACUUUUGCAACAAUGAAGACAUUUCCCCAAACUGUACAAACAAACUUGUCAAAGUUCAACCAAUUAUCGACCAUCUAAAAAAGAGAUUUAAUGACGUUUACCAGCCUUGUCAACAACUAUUACUGUAUGAAAGUAUUAUUCCUUGUCGGGGCCAACUUUCACUUAAAACGUACAACCCUAGAAAACUAACUAAACAUGGUAUACUGGUAAGAGAACUUUGUGAAGCUUACACUGGAUAUAUCUGUAAUUUUGAAAUGUAUUCAGACCAAACAAAAAAGAUAGAAAAAGACACCAUCUUAACAAUUAUCAAGCCUUACAAGAAUUUAUGGCAUCACGUUUAUCAUGAAAACUAUUAUGAUAGCAUAAAUACGGCAGAAAUUCUUCUAAAAGAUAAAGUGCGAAUAUGUGGAAUCAUUAAAAGAAAUAGAGAUCUUCCCAAAUGCCUCAAAAAAGUACAAGUUUCACCCGGUGAAAGCAUAUUUCGUAGAAAAAACAAUGUUCUAUUACAAAUAUGGAAUAAUGGAAGACAACAAGUAAAUAUGAUUUCAACCAUACAUUCAGCACAACUAAUACAAUCUAGCAUUACAGUAUCACUAUUAUGGAUAGCAGAUUUACCAUCAAUAAAUUUCGAAACCAGCGAGGCUGAGAGUUUAUCAAACAUUUCUGAACCUACAAUAAGAACACCCAGAUUUGAUAGUCAGGAGAGAUUUUCAAAUAUAAAAAAUCACAAACUUGGAAAAAUAGUAUCUCGAACUGGAAGUAAGAAUCCUCAAAGACAUUGCAAAGUAUGUGUAUCCAAUGGAAAAAGAAGUAGAACUUGUUUUGUCUGUACAUUUUGUAAUGUUCCAUUACACAAGGGUGAUUGUUACUUACGCUACCACACUGCAGAAAAAUAUUAA